GGGAGGGGAAAGUAACAGUAUACUGGGAGGUAUACUAGGAGGGGGGAGGGGUAAGCAGGCCAGUAACAAGAGGUCAACAAGUUUGGAACAAGCAGUGCGAAUUGUUAGAACAAUCGUGUAACAUGCAAAUCUGUUGCAAGCUUGUAACAACUUGUCAACAAGCAUUGUGACCUGAUAUCAACUUGUUGUUGCAACAAUGUUGUAUUAACAUGCAAAUCUAUUCCAGGCCUUUGCGUGAUUUUACGUCUGAUCUAUUAUUAAACUUUCCCACCCAACGCGUCACUAGCAACGAAAUUAUUUCAAACAAUACCACACUCUAUCACAUUAUUCCAAAAUAUUCUUCAAAUGUAUUUACUUGACCUGUUAUACCGCGGCAUUCCAGCGAGUUCACGAUAGAAAAUAUUUUGCCUUUCGGCCCAAACCGUGGUUAACCACAGCUCUCAUUGUCAUAGUAAACUUGUUGAAAACAUACAGCAGUCAGCGAUUUGGGAAACAUCCAUAAAACUACUUUUCAUUUCUUCGGAAGCCAAGAAAAUUAAAGCUUAGAGAGUGAAAAAUACUUAAAUCAGGUACAUAUAUUAUAUAUUGCAUUAUAAUUACCUUUACUGGGAUGGGGUAUUAAGCCCGAUUUCACUGCAAAACCCUGAGUUUGAAAAAUUAAAAAUUUGUGUAAUUAUAAAAUAGUGAGGGUCAAAAUAUUGUGUAAAAUGACUCGCAUUCAUGACCAAAUUUACUUAAAUUUUUGAGUAGAUAUUUAUUUUGCUGAAAAAUUGAGUAAAUUUCAAAAGUCGUUUCCAUUGACAUUGUUCACCUGCAGACAUCAAAUUAAAAAGUAUGUAACACUCACAGACAGUUUAAUAUUCAGAAAUUCCUAUACGGUUAUUAAGGUAUACACACAUCAAUAAAACCUUAUACCGUACAUGGCAAUACGUAUUAAAGGAUUAGCGAAGAUUAUGCCUUAUUGGAUUGGAUAGUUUACACAGUGUCCAACUCAAAUUUUGAUAUAUAAUACGAAUCACUAACGCUUUGUCAAGAGCUUGCCGACAUGUAUAACAGGUGAUAGGAGCGUUAGUUAAAUAUGUUUUGCUGAAAUUUUUAAGAGGGAAAACGUUGUUUUCAUUUGAAGGAUUAUUCCUGAUGAAGAGCUACAAUGGUAUCGAGUGAGCUGCUGUGACAAACAAUAAAUAAACUCAGUUGCUUCUCUGUUCACCGUGGGAAGCUACGUUUGGAAGCGACAAACUGAACGUUGACAGACAAUAGUGGGCUGAGAAGUUUGUCAAGUCGUCUGGAAAAAUGUCCUCGAUUGGAAUCGACGCAUCUUUGGCUAUCCUUCGGCAGGGAUUGGUAAGUUCGAGCGUUGUAUACAUUGUUACCGAAUUCUCAUUGUUAUGUUGUAUGAAAAUUAUAAGUGUAAAAUAGUCAAGAAAUAUAUACCAAACUAUUACUUUGUUUAUACUGGAUAGUUCUAUCAGUUCUAAACUGUUCUCCCUAGAGGUCCAGUAAGGGUCAUCUCUUACUGAUCCAGUGUCACUACAGGAGGAAACCUAAACUAAACUAACUUUAUUUAUACUGGAUAGCUCUAUCAGUUCUAAACUGUUUUUCCUAGAGGUGCAGUAAGGAUCAUCUCUUAUUGAUCCAGUGUUACUACAGGAAGAAACCUAAACUAAACUAACUUUAUUUACACUGGAUAGCUCUAUCAGUUCUAAACUGUUCUUCCUAGAGGUCCAAUAAGGAUCAUCUCUUAUUGAUCCAGGGUUACUACAGGAGGAAACCUAAACUAACUUUAUUUAUUCUCCACGAAACACUGCAGGUUCUGUUCGCGUAUACUUCGACUUCCUCCUGUAGUAGACAGGUCUGGACCAAUUUAAGAGAUGAUCCUUUUUCUGGACCUCUAGGGAGAACAGUUUAGAAAUGACAGAGCUAUCGAGCAUAAAAAGUUAGUUAGUUCAAAUGACAAAGAUUAAUGACAAACUAAUGACAGUGGUCACGUUUUAAUACCGGCCAACACACGUCUCUUAAUGUUUUUGAGGGUUAGGGAAUCUAGCAUGGCAACCAGCCAGUAAUCCCUUAAGUUGUUUGUAUCAAUUCUUUGAAUUACGUCGCGUGCACUUUGAACUGUUUCAAGAGGGAUUCUGGAACAGCUUGUUGUCAGCUUUUCAUUUUAAUUUAACUAUAUUUACAACAAGGGCCCAGAGUGGGAAAUAUUCUGCAUGGGUCUGCAAUAAGCUGCCCUGAUUUGUGACUGAACUACCAGAAAAAGACAUCUCAAAUGUGUGGGUAGUAUAGGUAUAGUAUUGUACAAUAAGCAGCUGUGGUUUGUGUCCUUUAUUGUCGACCUUUACGGAGAAGAAGUUUCAUCAAAAUGGCACACUUGCUAAUCUUUUGAUGAAAAUCCUUUUACAAGUAGCUCAGAGCCUCAGACACAAACCACCAAAGAUUUUUAUAUAUUCCAGUUAUGCUAGGAUGGUAUUUAAGAACUUCCGUGACCUUAUUAGAUUCAAUACUUUUACCAGUAAUCAUGUGGGUUGAUUAGGUAUAAUGGUAUAUGAUAUGAUACCCGAUAUAACCAUAACUAAUUCCUAAAUGGUACCUAGGAUAUAAUAUUUGUUACAUAUUGUUACAUAUCCAAUACACACGAACUUUUGUAAUGAAAAAUAUUGAAUAUAAGUUACUUAGUCUUAGAUUAAAACUACAAGGCUUCAAGCCCACACUAGUUGAAAAGUUUGAAACUUUAAGAGGAUUUGAAUUCGACCUUACUUAAUUUAUACGUUGCUUACGUGCGCAUCUAUGUGCAUUAUGUAAAGAAGCUAUACAUGUUUUGAAAGUUAUGGUAAUUUUUUCACCUGUCUUGCAAGAUAUUAUAUUUACACAUCAAAACUUUAUUUUUUGAAGUGAAACGGGAACGAAAUUUAAACCAGGAAAGAAAGCAUCUCCCAAAAUUUGAAGGAAUUUUGUUUGUUGAUAAAGCCUUUUUGGAUAAAUAUGUUCAGACUAAAAUACUUAGACAUUGUUGAUAUUUCAAAUAACUACGGCUUAGUAAGACAAGCAUAAAAUGCAAAUUAUUCGGGGGGAAUGAAUAUUUAAGCCUUCGUGUAUCUAAUACAUCGAAAUCGGACGACACUUGGAUUACGAAUUGUUUUAAAAAGCCUGUUUAUGGCUUAUAUUUAUGUUUAAAACUCUAAAAUAAACUCUUCUCGAAAGAGCUCGUAUAUGUGACAGACGUAAAUAGAUAAACCUCCUACGUCUAGCAGGUGUUGGUUGCCAUAGGCAACGUAUGUUAUUCCAGAUCUCUUUAUCAUAUCUUGUAAUAGUAUGCAAACAUUUGUCCUUGUCAAAACUGGAUCAAAGUCCUUGCUGAGUUUGCUCUGAGAAAAUAUCUAUAUAGUUUUGCCAUGAGUUCGUGAUACUUGGGGAAUUAGGGAACAUGGAUAAAAAGAGAUUGCAGGAACUUGAGAUGGUUUUGGUUAGUUUUAUUAAACACAAUUAUAUAUUUAUUAGUAUUUUAUCAACGCUUUUAUCUUUCUAUGUAUUUUGUAUGUGUUUCUUAAUGGAAAACACUUCUACAGCGAUUGGAAAUUGUGAGUGCCAAGUUAGGUCUAGUAUAGAAAUGCAACCGUCUAAACAAUACAAGGUGAAUUUCGACGUUUCGAGCGAAGGCCCUUCCUUGCCGGGAAGUUUCGCUCGAAACAGAAGUUCACCUUGUAUUUUCAGGUAGAUGCAUCCUAUCAUAAUCAGAAGCUUUCUUGUUAUUGCCACUGACACAACUACUAAUUGAUUUGUUUUUGUCAAACACCCCGCAAGGGUCUGUCGUAGCGUUAUCGAUUCGUACACGCGCAGCCCAGAUCUCCGUCAGUGCAAAUAAUAUAUUAUUCUUCAUACGAAUAUCUGUUCCAAGCUGUCCUAAACUAAAUUCAUAGCAGUGUCUUGAUACUGGCAACUCGAAAGAUAAUGUUGGUAAAGUUCUCUCAAUUUUGGCUAACGAUAUUCGAUAAACAACUACCAGUUUAAGUAAAUAAUGUUCGUUCCAUAUAUAUUCAUGUCUUACUCUUCACUAUUUUGAAGGACGAGAAUUCCUGAAAAUAGAAAGUAAUUGGAGGUUCUGAAGAAUAUAUAUUAGAUAGAAGUUCGAACUUAUAUCCUCCGUAAUCGUCUCUUUUUUUACAGAUAGUUGCCAGCUGUUCAGAGCUGAAGUGGCUUAACCCCAGGUUAACCUGAAAUUCAAAUCAAACUUGCCAACCGUUUCUUUAUAAAUUUGGAAGUAUUUCUUCAGAAAUCUUUAGGAAUUUUCCGGAUCAGUAGGAAUCUUCUUCUCUGAAGCUUUGAAAUAAACAGACAUGCUGAAAUACACAAACUAAAACUGGUUAAAUUUUAACCGAGGGUCAGCUCUAUAAUCCCUGUCCAUUCCUAUCUACACUGGAACACUUAAUGUUGUUUUAUUUUCACAGGAGGCGAUGCAAAAGCAAGACAAAGCUUUGUACUCGCAACUUCUCACGCUACGAGAUGGCAUCCGUGGUUUGAAAACAGAACUCAAACAUGAACGCGAGCAAUGCGAGGAGGCGUUUAAAGAUUUGGAAGAAAUUGCAGGAACGGAAUUCGAAGACGAUGUAUUUCUGGAAGGAAGUGAGCAAAAUUUAAGUAAAACGUCGAGCGAGAAGAUUGAAAAUGCUUGGAGCACACAGGACACGUGGAAACACGACCGACAGGAUUCAGGAAUCUCUGUCAAAACACCGGAGGCUGAGAAUCAAGAGUCUAGAACAACGACCCCUACAUCAAAACACCACACAUACGAGUUCGUGAAGUCCUCUGCAAGUAGGCAGGGUUCUAAGCCGGAGUUAAUCUCGCACAGUAAACAAGAGUUUAGUUCUCAUGUCAAAACAGUCGAUGCUGAAUUACCACAAAAGAAAACAACGAAUGCUAAGCCCGUGUUAAUCCAGCACAACUCGCAGGAUUCCGGCAUUUUAAUCGACGAGGAUGCCGUCAGGGAGACCUCGUUGUUGUCCAAAUUAGUUGAGAGUCCCGAAAUGCUCGAAAAGCUCGAGAAUCGAAAAUUUGAUCGAAUUGUUCAGAAGGAGUGGAUGAAAAUCCGCGGUGAAAAUUCGUUGGGGAAUCGCGGGAUUCAUCACCAACGCUCGCGAUCUAGUAAUGAUCUUUUGAAAUCGCAGCCUCACCGAACCUUACCCCAUCAGUAUUCCACACCCAGUCUUCAACCGAGACAUUCUCAUACGAAUUCAUGUCCACAGAACACGCUUAUGCAGUUCACUACACCAGGAAAUGAACUUGCAAAUUCGUCCGUCAAACAGUUCAAUGCAGUUAACAAAGUGAAAGCGCACCAACAUCUCAGUCCAAAUCAUUCUCGUACUAGCUCUUGCCCACAGAAUGUUCUUAAACAAUUCACAGCAAGAGAUGUUCAUACUUAUGAAAAACCGUCAACUAAACGACCUAACGAGCUAGGGAAAGUUAAAGGACUUAAAAGUGAUGAAAAACAACAUUUUCAACUGCCUGUCGAAGUUGACAAACCACUUAAAAUGAACGAAAAACUAGAAAAUUCCCUAAAAGAUGACAGUCUCGACCAAAACCAUCAAAGAUUCUUCACCACAAGCGACCGCGCAGCGUUGUCGCUGGCUCUAAAACCAGGAAACGGAAAUACCGCCUCGAAAUCUGUUUUCAAACACAUUUUUACCCCCCAGCAUCACCACACAAGGUCGUUGCCCACGACUCCCGUGAGGGAACUUAUUGUGGCGGAGAAUUUGUUGAACAAGCAGGGAUAUAAACGCAGUAUGCAAAAUAUUUCCGAAUGUCAAGUGGUGACAUCGAAACAAGUACGUCCUCGAAAGCGCAGCGCAAGCUAUGUUGAUAUGGGCAGUGUGGGUGGAGAGACUGACGUUACACUCACGCCACGGAAAGCGAGUCUCGUGCAAGUUGAUAGCUUAAAACAGGGUUUGGAACAGGGUAAGGUCAGCCCUAAGCUUGAGGAGAAAUCUUUCAUCUCACAUCAAGUUAUUGAAAAUGAUAGCUUAAAACAAACUAGAGAAAAUGACAUGUUACAACGCAAGAACGAUGCUAGGGACAGUUCUCAGAUACCACGUAAGGCGAAUGUCGUACAAGUUGAUAGCUUUAGUGGUUAUAAUCAAGUUCUAAAAAGCAAUGAAGAUCUGAGACAAAGCAAGGAGAACAGCAUUUUGACAUCACAUAAAGCCGUUGUUGUACAAGUCAACAGUGUGCCUCAAGGCGGAGAAAACAUUCAAAACAAGGCAAGAGUAGUACAUGUCAACCGUCUAAAACAGUUGCAAGAAAACACGAACCUCACACAAAAUCAGGCAGACGAAAACGGGGAGUUGAAGGCAUCGAAACCUUUGCGGGCUGUACUAGUCUCGGCCACCGAGGUAAAUGUCUCGAAUAUAACGGACAAACAGCCGUUGUCACGGCGAUGCAGCCUGGACGAGAGAGCGGUCGGGAACCACCGUGAGGGCGCGCAACGGAGGUUUACGAUAACAAAUUUCAAAACUGAGCGACUAUCGCCAAGACCGCAAGCUGAAAAUGGUAAAUUGUCGCCACGAUUUCUCGCGCCCAAGAAUCACUUACGUCAUCACACCACGCCAGAGUAUGACGUCAUACGACGACGUCAUUCGUUGUAUACUUUCCACGGCCCUUCAAAAUCCUGGGACGGGUAUGCAACCCGGAGGGCAAGCGAAAUCAAGAGAAUGGUAAGAUCGGCGAGCCAAGUGUCUUUGGUCUAAAUGGACAUGUAGACUGCUUUCAAACGUUCACUGAAAAUGAAGCCAAGUUACACAAAUUUGGCUAUCGUUGUUCACACACUGAUCUGUGUUCACAUGCCUGGUUACUAUUCUUCUAGUUUACAAAAACAUAGAAUAAAACAAAGGUAUGAACUAAACAUUAGAAUUGGUUGUAUAAGAGUUAUUCACUCAGGUAGAUAAUUCUAAAGUUUAGUUACCUUUGUUCUUUUCUAUGUUUCUGUAAACUAGAACAAUGAUAAUUAGGCAUGUGAGUUAUCUUAUUGUGAGUUGGGUAUAAAUAAACUGUAGCUAAAUUUAUCUAUGAUGCUUGUGAUGUUACUCUGCCGGAGUAUAUAUCCACACCGGGCAAGCUUGAAAAAUAUUACCUGACCACGGUGGGAAUCGAACCUACGACCUUUGGAACAUCACAUCAGAGUAACGUCACAAGCAUCAUAUUCACCUGAGUACACCAACACAGAAAAAAUCAUGAUUAUCUAUGAUAUAAACAUUGGUAGACAGUUGUUGAAUUUCACUAAGCAUUAUUGCGCAGCAGAUGAUGGUCAAAUAAUGUAUUUUCAUUGUAUUAGUCUUAAAUUUGACGCAAUUAAAUAAAAUUGCGCGACUAGGUAUAAUUUUCUUUUAACAUUUCAACAUUUUUGAAGUUGAGUUAGUUGACCACAAUCUGCUACCUUAUAACGCUUGCUGGGUCAACUAUACGAGAAAAAUACCUUUUUUUAAAAGGUCUGUCAAACUAAGACGCAAGAUGACAAUAUAAAUAUUUUAAUUCAAAUAUAUAAAGCAUCUCUGCAGGUAUAAAAUUUCACUAGCACGAUAGAUAGAUAGGUAAUAUAUGGGGGAAAAUCAUUGAAAUCAAACUGAAAACACAGGUAUGCACAUUCAGAAGAAUGUACGCUUGUCAAAAAGAACACUGGAAUAUUUUUAUUUUAGUAUAACUUUCAGCAUGAUAGGGUAAAUUAAAAUUAUUUAAGCUAACAUAUAAGUAAUCUAGCACUAAACUAGAUCGAUUGUAUAAGAAAUGUUGUGUACUGCAAGCGUUUUUGCAUCUGCUGUUCGAAGUCUGGAGAUCACAGUAGAAAGUUUGCAUCACGUAAAUUUGAAGUUUUGAAAGAUUCGUGAAAGCUCAGACCUCUCUUACAAAUCCUUCAAAACUUAGAAUUUACCCAUGCAAAAUUCCUACUGUGAUCACAGAAACUUUGAUGUUUGUCAAAAGCAUUAGACAUGUUUUAAUAUGAGCAUUGAGUUUCAGCCAGCCUCAUGCUGAUUAUUCAACCAGAUUUUCACGUUUGAAUAGAC